AUGGGGAAAGCUGGAAACAGACCUAGUGCCUCUGUGCCACCAGUGCUGGAAGCGCAUCUCCGCAGAUGUUGCAGCCGUAGCAUGCCAGCGUAUUACAGCAUCCACAUUAUGAACAGACAGCAGGACAGCACAAUCUGCUCUCAUCUAGACUCCACCAGACUGAAAUCUGAGGACAACGUCCGUCUGAUCAGAGGGUCACUCCAAUCAACGUUUCAGCCGGUGUAUGUGAGUGACGCGAAGGAGCGUGAGCUUUCGCCCUUCUUUACGGUGUUUUCUGUACAGCUGAGAGCACUGCAGCAGGUGCUACAGCACGCACCGGUACCAUCAUACAAACCAGGCGGGGGAUCGGUGCAGUACCCGCCCGCCCGAGGCACAAGCCUUAAAUUGGAAUGUGAGAAACUGGCAAGCGAAAAGACAGAAAUGCAGAGGCACUAUGUGAUGUAUUAUGAAAUGUCGUAUGGAUUAAACAUUGAAAUGCACAAACAGACAGAAAUCGCCAAGAGAUUGAAUACAAUUUGUGCACAAGUCAUCCCAUUUUUGUCUCAGGAACAUCAGCAGCAAGUGGCCCAAGCUGUAGAACGUGCCAAACAAGUGACCAUGGCUGAACUGAAUGCCAUCAUCGGGCAGCAGCAGUUGCAGGCUCAACAUCUCUCCCAUGGCCAUGGACCUCCAGUGCCUCUAACACCACAUCCAUCAGGACUUCAGCCUCCAGGAAUCCCUCCACUCGGAAGCAGUGCUGGCCUUCUCGCCCUUUCUAGUGCUUUGGGUGGGCAGUCUCACUUGGCAAUAAAAGAUGACAAGAAGCAUCACGAUGCAGAACACCACAGAGACAGAGAGCCGGGCACAAGUAAUUCUCUGUUGGUCCCGGACAGUCUGCGAAGCACAGAUAAACGCAGGAAUGGCCCUGAAUAUACCAACGACAUCAAAAAGAGAAAGGUGGAUGAUAAGGAUUCCAGCCACUAUGACAGUGAUGGGGACAAGAGUGACGAUAACUUGGUUGUAGAUGUAUCCAAUGAGGAUCCUUCUUCCCCAAGGGCAAGUCCCACUCAUUCACCACGUGAAAACGGUAUAGAUAAAAACCGCCUGCUGAAGAAAGAUGCCUCUAGCAGUCCAGCAUCUACGGCCUCUUCAGGAAGUUCUACUUCCCUUAAAUCCAAAGAAAUGAGUCUGCAUGAAAAAGCCAGCACGCCUGUUCUGAAAUCCAGCACACCAACUCCUCGAAGUGAUGUGCCAACCCCAGGCACUAGUGCAACUCCAGGACUUCGUCCAGGCCUUGGCAAGCCUCCAACAAUGGACCCUCUGGUUAACCAAGCUGCUGCAGGUUUGCGGACACCAUUGGCAGUACCAGGACCGUACCCUGCUCCAUUUGGAAUGGUACCUCAUGCUGGCAUGAAUGGAGAGUUAACCAGUCCAGGGGCAGCCUAUGCCAGUCUGCACAAUAUGUCACCCCAGAUGAGUGCUGCUGCUGCUGCAGCUGCUGUGGUUGCCUAUGGAAGAUCUCCUAUGGUUGGGUUUGAUCCUCCUCCUCACAUGAGAGUACCUGGAAUCCCUCCAAAUCUAGCAGGGAUUCCUGGAGGAAAACCAGCCUACUCCUUUCAUGUUACUGCAGAUGGUCAGAUGCAGCCGGUUCCUUUCCCUCCUGAUGCCCUCAUCGGUCCAGGAAUCCCUCGCCAUGCCCGUCAGAUCAACACUCUGAACCAUGGGGAAGUUGUGUGUGCAGUUACCAUCAGCAACCCCACGAGACACGUGUACACGGGUGGGAAGGGGUGCGUCAAAGUCUGGGACAUCAGCCAGCCUGGCAACAAGAGCCCUGUCUCUCAGCUGGACUGCCUGAACAGAGAUAACUACAUCCGCUCUUGUAAAUUGCUGCCUGAUGGAUGCACCCUAAUAGUUGGCGGGGAAGCCAGCACAUUAUCCAUAUGGGACCUGGCAGCACCAACUCCUCGUAUAAAAGCAGAGCUGACAUCCUCAGCCCCUGCCUGCUAUGCUCUGGCUAUCAGCCCUGAUUCCAAGGUGUGCUUUUCCUGCUGCAGUGAUGGGAACAUCGCAGUGUGGGAUCUGCACAAUCAGACAUUGGUCAGGCAAUUCCAGGGCCACACAGACGGAGCCAGCUGUAUUGACAUUUCUAAUGAUGGUACCAAGCUCUGGACAGGAGGUUUGGAUAACACUGUCAGAUCCUGGGACUUGAGAGAGGGGAGACAGCUACAACAGCAUGACUUCACAUCACAGAUAUUUUCCCUUGGUUAUUGUCCUACUGGUGAAUGGCUAGCUGUGGGAAUGGAGAGCAGCAACGUAGAAGUGCUACAUGUAAAUAAACCAGACAAAUAUCAACUGCACCUUCAUGAAAGCUGUGUAUUGUCACUCAAGUUUGCUUACUGUGGUAAAUGGUUUGUGAGUACUGGGAAAGAUAACCUUCUUAAUGCAUGGAGAACUCCUUAUGGAGCCAGUAUCUUCCAGUCCAAAGAAUCUUCAUCAGUGCUUAGCUGUGACAUCUCUGUGGAUGAUAAGUACAUAGUCACUGGCUCUGGAGACAAAAAGGCUACGGUCUAUGAAGUUAUCUACUGAAAAAUAUGAUGGGGAUAUAACUUUUAGAAAUUGAACUGGGCCAAAAUUGUUUUUAAUUGUAGAAGUAGAAAGGUUUUGCCUUUUAAAAAGGAACAAAAGUAUUGAGGUUCCAGACCUUGCCAUGAAACUACUCCGAUUUUUCAAAAUAGAAGGCAACAUCCAGCAACUAAAUAUUGGCUACGUGGACCAAACGGAACACAGAGGCAAGAUGGACAGAUGUAGCCUAGGUUUUUGACAAAGGUUUUAAAAGCCGAGUCUACUGAAGAAUGUUGGAGCCUUUUAUUUUUUUCUUUCUUUGUGACCUCAUGCAAAUUGUUCUCAUUGCCUGAAUAUGGGGGAUAAAUACCUUUCUGUUUCUUGCAGUUCAAGUUGCAUUCUGUCCUGUGUAGAACAGUGGUGUCUCAGAUGAACUUGUUUCCUGGUUUUGCAUCUUCUGAUAUGUUUUUGUAUUUUUGUUGAAGGUCAAACAUUUGUAUAAAUUGUAAAUAUAUUUAGUUUAUUACAGUAAAGUCUUUAGUACCAACAACCAGUCUUCCCCCCUGCCCCUCCCUGCCUGCCCUGCUUAUUUAAAACUAAAAACCUUUUGGGGAUAUAAGUACCUUUUUAGAAGCAAAAGCAAACACUAUGUAUAGUUUGAAAAUGGUGUCUUAUUCUUUAUAACUCUUCCUAGAUUCCUUUAUCAUACUUUAAA